AUGUCGGUCUGGACGGCUGUCCAGCAGCUCAACCACCUGGAUAUAGCUGCUGUCGACCGUUUCUUCGCUCCCCUGAGCCACAGCGAUGUCCUCAAAUAUUGCUGCAAUCUCAACCGGGCAAAAUACCCCAACGCACCCGCCCUCGCUGCCCACACUGUGGUCAUCUGCCUCGAUACCGAAGGCUGGGAUGCCGAUAGCGAGCGGCUCAAGGAGCUAGGAAUGAACACAUUCGAAGCCGGCGACAUGACCAUGCUCGCGUCGCCCGGUCCCUGGGGUGAAGAGAUCCUUGAGCGGAUCUACUUCUACUUUGCGCGCAUUGAGAAAAACGCGCAUCUCAUCAACAAGAAUGCGAGCAAGGGCCAUCCCGACAACAACCGAUUUGGCAUACAGCGCUUCCUGGACGACCAGGCCGUGAUCGACUUCUUGACUUCCGCCUUCGAGUGGCCGCUCAACUAUCCUAUGGUAGAUGGAUACGUGUGUCCCGUUGUCAUCCUCGGUCACGCCCUCAACAAUGAUAUCGAGAAGAUUGAGAAGUUUCUCUCCUGGAGUCCCCGAACAAAAGGCAAUCUCGUGAAGUUGAUCGACACGCAAGUGAUCGCUCGUGAGGUUGGACACUGGACACACCCUUCGAAUGAGAUCGGACUUCAGCGCUUGGUUGGAAACAUGGGCUUCGAGCACCGAGACGGGCAUACUGCAAGCAACGAUGCGGCCAUGACCACCAUCGCCGCCAUACAGCUGGUUCUCGAUGACAUCCACAAGGGGCCCAACCAGCCCUGCUCGCUGCAGGACGUGGUUGACAACAUCGAGGCCUUAUCUCAAGGCCAGGGCUGGUCUUGGGGUAACGCC